UCGCAAAAAGACUGAUUUGUAAGCUGCUCAGCGAUCCCCAGCAAGUCCAACCCUUUUUGACAUCUUGGCACCCGCUUUCCCGAAACAACAAGAUAACAGGAUUUCACCCACGCCUCAGGGAAAAGCAGUUUCGACAAACCUAUUUACCUGGGCAUCCUCUAGUCCCUCAUCAUUCUCAACACCAUCAAAGGCACCCGCGCCGCAUUACGUCAUCGCAUCGACACCUCCCCCUAAGAAUGCCCACGAUCGGAGUCUUCCCCGCCGCCGGCGCCCUGGGCACCAGCACCAUCAACCAUCUCGUCAAGCUCGUUCCGGCGUCCGAUUUGAUCCUCGUGGCGCGGAAGCCGGACAACAACCACCUGGCCGAGCUGGCCCGCGCGGGGGCGACCGUCCGCCGGGCCGACUACGAGGAGCCGAGCACCCUGGACCGGGUCUUCGACGGGGUCGAUGUGCUGCUGUUGAUUUCCUAUGCGUCGAUUGAGAUCCAGUUUCGGUUCGAGGCACAUAAACACGCCGUCGACGCGGCGCGGCGUAGCGGCGUGAAGCACAUCUUCUACUCAUCGCUGGGGUUUGCGGGGGAUCUGGAGACGAGCAGCGUGGCGCACGUGAUGAAGGCGCACCUCAAGACGGAACGGUAUCUGGCGGAGUUACAAUCCUCAUCAUCCAGUACUCAAUUUACCUAUACGGCGGUGCGGGAGGGGAUCUACUCGGAGUCGUUCCCGCUCUACACGAGCUGGUUCGAUCCCCACCACCCGGCGGAUGAGGUGGCGAUCCCGCAUGCCGGCGACAAGCCCGGGGUGACCUGGGUGAAGCGCGACGAGCUGGGCGAAGCCACGGCGAAGCUCGUCGUCGAUUACACGAAAAGCCCGCGCGAGUUCCCGUACCUGAACCGCGUGCUGCUGCUCUCGGGCCCGCGGGAGAUCUCGCUGCGGGAGACGGUCGAGAUCCUGGGUCGCCUGGUCGGGAAACCCCUCAAGGUCCGGGAGAUCUCCAUGGAUGACUAUGUCAAGCUGCCGCAGCAUGGGAAGAAGUUCUUUUAUCAUGGGAUUGAUCUGACGAGGGAGUGGGCAACGGCAUGGGAUGCUAUUCGGCGCGGGGAAACGGCUGUCGUCUCGCCGCUCCUGGGCCAAAUCCUGGGUCGCGAGCCGGAAAGCUUCGAGACCACGGUCAAGGCUUUGUAUGAUAGUGGCGUCUCGCUGGCUGAUCGCAGGUACUAGCGAUCAUUCUUCAAAUUAAAAUAGAAUCAUAUUUCUCGCAAGAAUCUCGAUGACGCACAUAAUGACCGCUCGAAUGCCGCAUAGCGGGGUAAAUGGCGGGUAAGAUUCGGUCCCUGGAUCGCUACCCGCGACGGCGACGAGACUUGCCGAUAUUCUUCUCGGUCGGCACUUGACCCUGCAGACAGGAUACAGAGUUUAUCAGGAUGUGACCCCCCUGUGGGCUCGUGACGUGCUUGCAGGGUCGAGGAUCCUCCCCCGGCUCCCCCCUACCCCGCGAAC